UAUAGAACUUUUUAUCAAUGUUUGAAAAGGGUAUAUUUUUGUUGGAGGUUGGAUGAUUUCUGGGGUAGAUUCGAAGCAAAGCUAGGAGAAUGAUGAACAGUGUCCCUUUUUCUGUUUAACAGUUGAGAUUGGGGUUUUAGGGUUUAGUUUUUGUUGUUUGAACUUUGGAGCUUCUGUGGUCUAUACAUUUGCUUCUAUAGUGUCAUUCGAUUUUCCUGAGAUUUGAUAGCUUAGCUUUUGUAGUGAAUGUUAUUUAUCGAAGAAUGGUGGAAAUAUGUGUGCAGAUGAUGUUUCUGUGAAGCGUUUGUUGGGUUUUGGUGGAUCAUUGGAUUGAUAGAUGGACCGCCGGAGUUGGCUGUGGAGGCGAAAGGCUUCGGAGAAGAGUCCCGGUGAAACUGAAAGCUCAGGAUCAAUAUCUUCUCAUUCUGAAAGAUUCUCUGAUGAUCAGAGCCAGGACACAUCAAGGGCAUCUCCAAAUCAUAGUACUCAAUCACCGGAGGUCACAUCCAAGGUCUCUAUCAAUGGUGGAGAUGUUAAUUAUAAUGUGAAGGGUUUGAAAGAGAAACUAUCAGCUGCACUUUUGAACAUCAGCGCCAAAGAGGACUUGGUGAAGCAGCAUGCUAAAGUUGCCGAAGAGGCUGUUUCAGGCUGGGAAAAGGCAGAAAAUGAAGUGGUAGCUUUUAAGCAACAACUAGAAGCUGCUUCACAGAAGAACUCAGCCCUUAAGGAUCGGGUAGGCCAUCUUGAUGGUGCCCUCAAGGAGUGUGUCAGGCAGCUCCGUCAGGCCAGAGAAGAACAAGAGCAGAAGAUCCAUGAAGCUGUUGUCAAGCAAACCGCUGAAUGGGAGUCUGCAAAGUUUGAGCUUGAGAGCCAGCUUGUUGAGCUCCAGAUCCAAGUUGAAGCUGCAAAAGCGGGAGCUUCCGAAGAUCCUAACCUCCGCCUGAGGCUUGAGGCUGCAGAAAAAGAAAAUGCUGCCCUCAAGCAGGAGCUUCUUUCUCGAGUUGAGGAGCUAGAAGUUACGACUCUGGAAAGAGACCUAAGUACCCAAUCAGCGGAAACCGCUAGCAAGCAACAUUUGGAGAGUAUAAAGAAGUUGGCUAAACUUGAGGCAGAGUGCCGCAGACUAAGAGCUACAUCUCGGAAGGCAUCCUCGGUGAAUGAUCACAAGUCCGCUGCUGCCUCUUCAAUUUAUGUUGAAUCACUGACAGAUAGCCAGUCAGACAGUGGGGAGCGGUUACUUGCAGUGGAGGCUGAUAAUCGCAAAAUGAGUACAUCAGAGCCGAAUGAGUGUGAGCCAAGCUGUUCAGAUUCUUGGGCAUCAGCUUUAAUAGCAGAGCUUGAUCAAUUCAAGAAUGAUAAGGCCAUUGGUAGGAACCUCAUGUCCUCUUCUGUAGAAAUUGAUCUCAUGGAUGAUUUCCUUGAGAUGGAGAGGCUUGCCGCCCUGCCAGAAACGGAGAGUACAAGCCAUGGCCUUGAGUCGGGAGCUAUUUCAGACCGUCAACUUGAUGGAGAUAGCACAUUGAAGGCUGAGCUUGAAGCAAUGAUUCAGAGGACGGCUGACUUGGAAGAGAAGUUAGAGACGAUGGAAGCAGAGAAAGAGGAGCUCAAUGUAGCUUUGGCCGAGAGUCAAAGUCGACUUGAGAUAUCACAAGGUCAACUAAGGGAAGCUGAGGAGAAGUUGGUGGAGCUGCAAAGGCGGCUAGAUCUAGCCAAGGAAUUGAAGCAAGCUUCUGAGAUAGAAGCAGAUGUUGCCAAUGCAAAGAGAGAAGAAGUGGAGACACAGCUUGUAAGUGUAGAUGCAGAGGUCUGUACUUUGCGUGCAAAGGUAGAUUCAUUAGAAGCAGAGCUUGAGAAGGAGCAUGCUUUGUCGUCUGACCUUAAAGCUAAAUGUCAGAAAUCGGAGGAUGAGCUAUCAAGAAAUAGACGUGAAGCUGAGCUACGGCGAACCACGAGUUCCAAUGGCAACUUCAAGAUAAAGCAGGAGAAAGAGCUGGCUGUAGCAGCAGGAAAGCUAGCAGAGUGUCAGAAAACCAUUGCGUCUCUCGGACAACAGUUGAAAUCACUAGCUACGCUGGAAGACUUCCUUAUUGACUAGGAGAAGCCACAAGAACUUAGAAUAGGAGGAUCACUCAUACCUAGAGGUGGAGAGCCAUGGAAAUUACCUUCAAAUGAUGCUUGUCUAGCCAAAACUGAAGCUGAUUCUUCAAAACUAGUUGGUGAUGGCUCUGGUCCUAUGAAUGGCAAAGAUGGGGAAUCACCACCAUUGUCUGGAUCAUCUUCAUCAGCCUUCUCACUAAAUAAUGCAGUCACCUCAGAGAAAAACCGAAAUGGGUUUGGGACAUUGUUCUCUCGGAAUAAAAGCAAUACCCAUGUAGAAAACCAG